AGGCAAGAGGAUAGAGAUGCUUCCCCUCCCCGUGUCGGCUUGGGCUCUCCGCUCUCGGCCGGCCCGCCUCCUUCCCGAGCACGCACGCACGCCGCCUCCCCUCCCCUUCCAAUUCUUCCCCAUUCGGUUCGGAGUUCCUCCCUCCCUCUUCCUCGUCCGCUCCGCUCCCCUCCCCUCCCCUCCUGGGUUGCCGUGGAGCGCUGGGGGUUCCAUUCCACCCCUAUCCGGACCGAACCCCGGCGUCGGUUCCUUCGUCUCCCGGGUUCAAGAUGAUUGGCUCAUUCAUUACCGGAAUUCUAACGCUUGUUCUCGGAUACGCGUACCCAGCCUACGACUGCUACAAGACAGUGGAGCUGAACAGGCCUGAGGUCGAGCAGUUGCGGUUCUGGUGUCAGUACUGGAUUUUACUUGCGUUUCUCACUGUACUGGAGAGAGUUGGGGAAAAUUUCGUAUCAUGGUUGCCAAUGUACAGUGAAGCAAAGCUGGCAUUUAUCGUGUACUUGUGGUAUCCAAAGACACGGGGGACUGCCUAUGUAUACGAGUCAUUCUUCAAGCCAUACAUUGCAAAACAUGAAACUGAGAUUGAUCGAAAUCUGCUUGAGUUGAGGACAAGAGCCGGUGACAUGGCAGUUCUUUACUUCCAGAGGGUUGCAAACUAUGCUCAGACAAGGUCCUAUGAAAUUUUGCAGUAUAUUGCCUCACAGUCUCAGACUCAAAGAUCUCGCCCUCAGGCACAGCAACAGCAGCAGCGCCCACCACCGCCACGGACUCGGCAAGUGAACCCUGCACCUCCACCUGUUCCUGCACCAUCUGCGCCUCCGAUGCCACCACAGCCUGCCCAAGCUCAAGUUCCUCCCACUCCAAUGCCGCCCCCAAUUCCAGUGGCCCCUCCUGGUGCAGUGCCUCCUGCCCAGCCACCACCACCACCACUUGCUCCUGAAGCCGCUGCUACCAACGGUCCUCAGGACACUGAAGCCAUGCAGGUUGACCCACCCCGGGUGUCAUUGAGUGGUGCACCGCCACCACUACCACCCGAGGAGACGCUCAUCGAGGAGGCGAUUCGGUUGACACGGGGUCGGCUCAGGAGGCGCUUGGUCGGGGGAUCUGGACCACCACCGAAUUAGCAUCGACCGAGGUUCAUUUCACGCGAAUCCCACCACACUGGGCUGGUUCAUAUGCUUUACUGAGAAGAGGGGGAUGUGAGUUGGUUGAACAGAGUUUGGGUUUCCUGGCACACAUUCUCCAAUGUACGAACUGGACCCGGUUUGGUCUUUGUUUCGUGGCUCAAAUUGUGAAUAGUAUCCCAGAAACAGAAGUGGACGGUGUGAUGCUAGCCAUAGAUCAAUUCACAGGGUAGCGCUAGGAAAAUCUGAUUGGGAACCAUCUUCUUCUGCGAAACGCCAAGGCAUGGCAUGUCUGAGUACGCCUGGUCUGGUUCUUGAAGAACAAAAAAAAAAAUGCCUGUAUGCAUUAGCAUUUAGCAGCGAUGAUGCUACUGGUUACAGUAGUCUGGAAUCCAAAUGCGAAGAACCAAAAAGAAUCGUGCCUGAAUCUGUAUGUUUGCAUCCCUCCUGGUGGAUUGUGACCCAUCAUAGCAUGUGAUUCACGUUUUUUCUGUAGCAUCAAGGGAUUGUGACCCAUCAUAGCAUGUGAUUCACGUUUUUUCUGUAGCAUCAAGUUGGACUGCUUGUACCACAGCAUACCUGUCGUAUGUUCC